ACAACCUUUGUGACUUGCCAUGUGUUCCAAGAUAUAAUAACCUCAAACUCCAAAGAAAACCUCUUUAUUACAAGAGUAUAUGUAUGUGCAUGAUAAAUUCUCAUUCUGGGUCAUCACUUGAUCCUAGUAAUCUAGUUUCAGAUCAGGCCUUUUGUUAAGGUGAGAGAGUUUUUGUAAUUGUUGAACUGCCCUUGCUUUUUAUGAUUGAUAUCAUGAAAGUGUUUGUGCUUGCUAAGUUGAUGAAGAUGCUGCAUGUUUUUUCAAUUCUGAUAAGGGAAAAAAAAAAUUCUUUUUUCCUUUAUGAUUGCUUUGAUUGAGUUAAUGAAAAAGGGUUGUUGAAAUUGAUAUUUUUGGUUUUUUUUUUUCUGGCUUUGCUUUUCAAUUGUUUUUGGGGGAAAGUUUGUAAUCUCGGUUUUUCAGUGUGUUUUGUUAGGGGAUUUGCAUGCAUACUAUUUCAAUAAUGGUUCCUAACAUGUUUAAGGUUUAGAAAGGGUUUCAUAAAAAAGUUUCAUCUUUUUCUGUUGAUUGAGUUCAUGGUUUAGAGUAUGUUCCCAGAACUGAGUUGAAGGAAGAACACUAAAGGAUUUUCUUGAUGGCGCGUUUGGUGUUUUACAGUAUAGUUAAGCUUUUGGGCAUCCCUAUAAGUAAUUAAAAACGAUGCAAAGCAUGUGGGGGCCUUUUCUAUAAUACCUGUUUUCAUUAAGGAUGAAUAAAGAGGAAAGAGACAUGGGUCUUGCUAUAGGUGGAAGUAGGUGUUCCAAAUCCAUUAUGUUGCCUACAGUUGUUUUUUUUUUUUUUAAUUAUUUUUAAUAUUUUGACUGCAAAAAUUUGAAAGCACAGAAGCAGAGAUUGACUGGUGAUUGUCUUGAGCAAUCAAAGGGCCUGCUGACAAUUCAAAUAGACUGCUAAAAUUCCAUUUGAGUAUGAAGAAUAACUCGGAUAUUCAGUACACUGCUAUUCCCAAGCUGAAAUUGAAUUAAAGUGUGGAUAAUGAUCACUGUGCUUAAAGAGUCAAAGUAAUUAUUCAGGACUGUUUGUGUCAGAAAGUCAGUUAGUACUGCUUGAGUGUAUCAAAGAACUCGUUAGUUAUCAAUGCAAACAUCUCAGAAACAUGAAAUUUCUUAUGGCUCUGGGGGGUUCUACGUUGAGCCAGAUCAAAACCUCGGGUCAUAUUGCUUACCAUCAAGUGAGAACCUAGACAAUUACUCUUCCUCCGAUAACAGCAGCCAAACAACCUACCCUUCAGUUCAGACUUUAGAACAAUAUUGCACCAUUGAAUCUGCUUCAACAAGCAACAGUUUCCCUUACCAAAAUUCUCCAUCUGCUGUCAGUUUCUCACCUAACAAUAGUCCAGUGUCAAAGCUAGAUUCAAAAUCCUAUGUGUCAAGGCCACAGCAUUCUCUUGAGAUUGUUAAUGAUUCACCUGAGGAUGAUUCUUACUUGACACAUGACCUUGAUGACCUGAGGCAUAAGAUAAGAGAGCUGGAAACUGCUAUGCUAGGAACUAAUGCAGAUAUGCUAGGGACCUAUGAUGAGACUGUAAUGCCAGGGGAAUCUGAUCCAUUUUUGUUGGAGGCAGAGAAGUGGAAGAAAAUGAUGGAGGUGAUAUCUAGGGGGGACUUGAAAGAAAUGCUUUAUACUUGUGCAAAAGCAAUGGCGGCAAAUGAUAUGGAGACAACUGAAGGGCUGAUGUCAGAGUUGCGAAAGAUGGUGUCCAUUUCAGGCAAUCCAAUGCAACGAUUGGGAGCAUACAUAUUGGAGGCUCUUGUUGCAAGGAUGGCCUCUUCAGGAAGCACAAUCUACAAGUCCUUGAAAUGUAGUGAGCCUACUGGCAAUGAACUACUUUCAUACAUGCAUGUACUUUAUGAAAUAUGCCCUUACUUCAAGUUUGGAUACAUGUCAGCAAAUGGAGCAAUUGCUGAAGCUAUGAAGGAGGAAAGUGAAGUCCACAUUGUUGACUUUCAGAUUAGCCAGGGAACACAAUGGGUGAGUCUGAUCCAGGCUCUUGCUCGCCGUCCUGGAGGGCCUCCAAAGAUCAGAAUAACAGGUGUUGAUGACAAUGUUUCAGCUUAUGCCCGUGGAGGGGGACUUGAUAUUGUUGGUAAAAGGUUAUCAACACUUGCACAGUCAUGUCAUGUGCCCUUUGAGUUCAAUGCUGUAAGGGUACCUGCUUCUCAGGUGCAACUUGAAGACCUUGAACUUCGCCCUUAUGAAGCCGUGGCAGUGAAUUUUGCCAUUAUGCUGCACCAUGUACCAGAUGAAAGCGUGAACAGUCACAAUCAUCGUGAUCGGCUGUUGAGAUUGGCAAAGUACUUGUCUCCUAAGGUAGUGACUCUGGUUGAGCAAGAAUUUAACACCAACAACGCUCCAUUCUUGCAACGUUUCAUUGAGACAAUGAACUACUACUUGGCUGUUUUUGAAUCAAUUGAUAUUGUGCUGCCAAGGGAGCACAAAGAGAGGAUCAAUGUGGAGCAGCAUUGUUUGGCUAGAGAAGUUGUUAACUUAAUAGCAUGUGAAGGGGCAGAAAGAGUUGAAAGACAUGAGCUUCUGAAUAAGUGGAGAAUGCGUUUCACAAUGGCCGGUUUUACACCUUACCCUUUGAGCUCCUUUAUUAAUUCAUCAAUCAAGGAGCUUCUGGAGAACUACCGUGGACACUACACUCUAGAAGAGAGAGAUGGUGCACUAUAUCUUGGUUGGAUGGAUAAAGUUCUUAUUGCCUCUUGUGCUUGGAGAUGAAAACCCAAUAACAUUUCAGUUUUGUUACUGCAGACCUUUAGUUAGGUUGUGUAUCUACCAUCCUUGUCUUCAUAGAAUUUCUCCUCUUUUGAUAGUCCAAUUACUGUGUUGUUAGAGUUUCCUUCAACUUUAUGUCAGCAAUACAAGUAACAGCAAGAAACACUAUAUUCUGACAUUACAUAUCGGAUGUAUUUUAGAACAUGUAAUGCUUUCCAAGGAUAAAAAGAUUAAUGUCAAUUUAUAACUGCAAAACAUUGAAGCUGAAAUUUAUCAUAACACAAUGAAGUAUGGAAUUGGUAUGUACUGCAUUCUUAUGUGCUAGGCUAAAUUUCAUAUAUCUUAAACUGU